ACAAAAUAAGUCGCGCGUGAUUCUAAUUUGGUAGUUUUGCACAAUUUUCUGUCGUGUUCCACGCGAAAAGUGCCCUCCAGGAUGACGGUUUUUCGGUUAGAAGAGUUUCCGUACGUUUGCCGUAUCUGCCUCCAGCCUGUUGAAGCGUUGACGCAGAUCGAAGGAACGCUCGCCGAGCAGCUCAAUGAAAUCGCGGGAUUUUCCACUCCAAAAUGCGAUGUACAUCUCACACCAUCCGGUGUUUGUGAGAUAUGUGCGGAGGAGUUUGAAAACUUUAUUGCCUACCGCAACCGACUGGUUUUCGUGACACAGUUUUCAUAUGGCCUGGUGCAGGCCCGCAAAGGCGCCUCGAACGUGCUGGAGGGCUUGUUCAAUGAUCACCCAAAAGACAUGGAAAAGAUGCUGGAAGAACUUCAUCUAGUGAAUGGGAACGCGAGCGGAUACGGAUUGCAGGAGCUGCUAGAUGAGUUCGAAAGUUAUACCAUCAGUGCGAUUCCCGUCGAGCUGCAGACUGAUGAUGAUAUCAACCAAAACUCGGACGAAGAAGUUCCGAUGGAGUACGACGAGACAUACGAAACGAUUAAGGACGAGGUCGAGUACUUGGAUCCACCAUCAUCGCCCGUGGUCGAGGAGACAACAAUCGUCACGAAAAUCGAACCACUGGGGGUUGAUGAAGUGGAUGAAGUUCUGGAACCAUGCGUGGAGGAGGACAUAUACGAGACUAACGAUUCCAUAGAAGAACCUACCGAGGGUGAUGAGACAAUAGAAUAUACGGAAGAAGUGAUAAUCGCAAGGGGUGUAGAGGACGAAGAUGAAACAGAAGCUGGAGCAGAAGCCGGAGCAGAAGCCGAAGCAACAGAAACGCCGAAGAGCGAUGAGAAACCCGCAGGGACAAAACGAACGAGGUCAUCGCAGAAAGUGCAGAUCGGACAAAAUGGUGAAAAGAAUCAACUGUGCUGCCCCAAGUGUGACUUUGUGACCAUUUACCAGAGAUCGUUUGAUAUGCACUUGAAAAGACACAAAAAGACUGAUCGGUUACCGGAGCGCUCACUUACCUGUAAACGGUGCCAGAGUGCGUUUGCUACCCGAAAGGAACUCAUCAAGCACAAACGCUCCGAGCAUCGUGACUUUAUGUGCGAUACGUGCGGGCUUGCCUUUGAGCAAAAGUUUGCGCUGGAGAUGCACCGUACACGGCACGGACAGAAGCGCCAGUUCAAGUGCGAUUACUGUCCGCUCGAGUAUUUCACGAAGCCGGAGAAGCUGCUCCACAUCAAGCAGGUCCAUCUGAAGGUGUUCGAGGUAAAGUGUCCCGACUGUGGGCUAUUGUUUAAAACCAAAAACGAGCUUAACCAGCACAUCAAAUCGCACACGGACACCCGUACCUACAUGUGCAGUGUAUGCAAGUUCGGUUUCAAAUCGCAAACGCAUCUCAGCAGGCAUACCAAGAGCGUUCAUCAGGAUGUGCGGUACAAGUGUGACCACUGUAGCCAAUCGUACUGCCGCAAAGAUAAACUGCGAAUGCAUAUCGAAAAACAACACAACAUUCAAACCUAUUUCGUGUGCGACAUAUGCUUGCAGUCGUACAACACACGGAGUCAGCUCGAUAAACAUAAGGCGCACCAUCUAAAUCCAAAGGAACAACAGUGUGGUACCUGUCUCGCGGCGUUCCUCACGCAGAAAGACUUUGAUGAGCACAGGUGUAUCACCUAUCGGGAGAACUACAUCUGUUGCGAUCGAGAUUUCAAGUUUCACUUCCACUACAACAAACACAUGUUUCUGGUGCACGGUGAACAUACGAACGUACGCGUCAAGCCAGCGGAAGGAUUACUUAUGGGACAGUUUCGUGCAAUGCGCAAACAAGAAGAACGAUGCGGCAAGUGUGGCCAGGAGUUUCCAACACGCACCUCCAAAAAGCAACACAUGGCUACCUGCGAUGGUCCCAAUUAUUACAUCGUGGAGUAUAUCGACAACAGCAGCAGCGCUCCGGAUCAGUUAGACCUGCCGCCUGCUAAGUCGGAUAGCACGUAAGUCACAGCAGGCGAGACACCAGAUUGCACCUCUAAGGUUCACACAUUCUCAAUACUAUUUUCAUCAUACAUUACAUUUCGCGGAUAAAAAGAACACUUAUUUGAUUUUAUAUACAAGA